AUGCUGCAGUCGCUCCAUCCCGCCUUGCGACUGCAAUGGUUUGAGGAGGCUUGGGCUCAUCGACCUGAAUGGGUCCUUGAGGCACGACGGAUUGUUCAGGGCAUCUGGGAACGCGACUAUAAGUCAUUAAUUCUCAGCGAUGACGAGGCUAUUCCGAUGGUUAAACGUCGAAAGGUUGACGACUUGAACGAGUUCCAACACUGGUCAGACGGCCACAACCGUCGUGGGCCACCUACUGCCGAUGAAUUCGAUCGCUGGACUGUUGAUAUCGGCGCAGAUGACGGAGACAUCACGGAUCCGUUCCAAUACUGGCAACUCAAAGAGUCAACGUAUCCCAGACUUGCUCGAAUGGCCUUUGAUAUGCUAUCUAUACCGCCAAUGUCAGCAGAGUGCGAGAGGGCGUUCUCAUUUGCUGGGCUAAUGGCCAGGCAAUUCGGUCUUGGCUGA